UCUGUCAUAAUAAAUAAUCGAUACACUAACGCCCAAUAUCGAUAUUUUAUUACAACACAAAAUGAUUAAUUUACCCGUUGUCAUUGUCACUGUCACUACCCAAUAUCUACCAUUCUGUUUGCGGGGCGCUGUUCGAGUAAAUAGGGGUAAAGUGGCACAAACAGCGGCCGGUGAAGAACACAAGUUAACUAAACAACAGAGAAUUGCAGAAAAAAAGAGAAGCGAGAAGAAUGGCGGAAAACAAUAAAAAACUAAUCAAAGACCCACCCGCUAGUUUCCACUCUAAAGUGUGGAGACACUUCGGGUUUUACGAGACAGUCGACGGAAAGGCACUGGAUAAAAACUAUGCAAUCUGCAAGAACUGCUUUGCAAAGAUAAAAUAUAACUGCAACACUACGAAUCUGCAAAUGCACCUCGUUCGCUAUCACGGUGAACUACUCUCAGGUGAUAAUGAGGGUAAACCAAGUCAGCCGACAAUCACUACUGCGUUCAAAGCAAAGCUCCCCUUUGGGUCGCCGAGGGCACAGAGUAUCACUAAGUCCAUCGCCGAAUUUAUUUGCAAGGACCUUCGCCCUUACAGCGUGGUCGAGAAUGAUGGAUUUUGCAGAAUGUUGACAACACUGGAACCGAGAUACGAGAUACCGAGUCGUCGGCACUUUACAGACAAAGUCAUCCCUGCAUUCAAUGCAGAUACCAGAGCCAAAGUGGAGGGUGCGCUCAGAGAAACCACACCACUGAACCCAGCAGAAAAACCACACUGAAG